AUGCUUCCAUUUGUUUUGUUGUUUGUGACAACUAUGGUCUGUUCCAUUUUUUCGCAAGACUCGAUCAGUUUUGUAGAUCGAAUGCUAGUACGGUCCUAUGGCUCACAGCCUCCAACGCCGCGCGCCAAACCCGUGUGCCCAAGAGAGCUUAACGCAUCAUGGCUGUUAAGACCACCGUUCACGACAAAUUCUAGUGAAAAUGCAAGUGAAGUGCGAGGAAUGUUUCACUACGUUUUUGAUCUGGCUUUGAACAAGUGUUGCGCCAUACUUAAUGCAGGAACCAAAACAAGGAUAAAUUUCAAAACACAAGCACUAAACAGAUCUCAACUUCACGACCUUCUCCUUAAUGAUAGCGUCCAUCUUAUUCUUCCUGUGCAAAGCGAUGAGGACAAAACGUACAAAAUGAUCCUGCCUUUCAUCAAAAUUUUGGAUUCUCCUGGAGUCGUCCUCAUCCGAAGAUCUAAUCUCACAUGUGAUCAUUCAUCAUGGAUCAGGAAUAGGGAAAUUUGGAAUGCCAUUAGCAGCUGUCUCCCCAUCGUUGCCUUGACAAUUCUGCUGUCGUUUGUAGCAGGGAUAUUUGUCUGGAUGAUGGUAAGUACAAAACAUAAUUUGGAAGAAGGAGAAUUGUAACACCCAGGGGCGGAUCCAGAGGGAAGGGGGGAUUGGGUGGCUAGCCCCCCCCCCCUAGAACAUACCCCCCCCCCAAAAAAAAAGAAAAUAAUAAGUGGAAAAACAAACGGAAAUGCGUAGAUCUAAAAAAAUAUAGAAAUACGUGGGCACCAAAAACCAUGGACACCCAACGACGGUUUCCUCUUAAAUGCAUUGAAAACACUUUUUAGGCUAUCCAGAGUACUUUUAGAUCUCUAAAAAUGCAUUCUAAGUGACUCUAAAAAAUUUAUAUCCGUUCGGUCAUCCUAGGGCAACUUGAGUCUUAUCGAAAUUGCAAGGGCUUCAGUAUUAUUUUUCUCAACAUUUUAGUUGCAAUUUAAAGUUUUACGAAAUUGAGAAUUCUUCUGAUUCCUCUCUGCGUCGCAUUUUCGAUUCCGAAAAUUUAAGGUUUCCUUUCCCUACGAAAAAUAGCUUAACCUGGGGAGUGAAAUGGGAAAAAUUUAACUUCAGAAAAUCGUAGGGAAUUCAUUAGAUAAGCGUCGAAAAUUGUACAUGAAUGAAACGGUCAUCUAAAAAGUUUUAGCUUUCCCCAAGCUAUAGAAAAUUCUAGGGAAUUUUUUGAAUUUAGCUUAGGGAAAAUAGUAACUUGAACGCUCUUAGUUAAUUCUUACGUUUCAUAAUAAUGUACUCAUCCGGGGGAAAUAUGCAAAAUACGUCCAUAAUAGGCUCCUGGUGUAUAGCAAAAAAAGUCACAAAUGAACAAGCUUUAAUACCGUUCGCCACCAUAACAUUACUCAGUUUAUGCAAGUUAAUCUUAGCCGACUGAUCGAGGAGGACUUGUCUUGUUAAAUUCAAACAGGAAACGAAGACCAAUAACGAGGAGUUUGGCAAGCCGUUUUAUCGCGGGAUAUUUGACGGCUUCUGGUGGGCUUUUGUUACCAUGUCAACAGUUGGGUAGGCACAUCUGCUCUUUUGGAAUCUUUGCUGACGUCAUAGUAUACAUUUUUGCUCAUUAGCAUACGAAGUAACCCAUAGAAGGUGUCACGGCAUGCACAAAUUAAAUCCAACCGUUGAGAGAGUUGGUUAAUUUGAGCAAUAUUCCGCUCUUUGCAAGCAAUAAGAAAGGAAAUAACUACGAUAUUGCUGGGUGACAAAACCUUAAUGAGCCCAUAUAUUCUUUGUAAGGUUUCUACGUUUUCAAAGAUAAUUUCUCCGAAACUAUUCGGUGUAUCUGGCUUUUUUUUUCCGUCGUAGAUAACUGAAAUUGUGAUGCUCUUUCCAUAUUCAGAGGGUUUAUUUCAAAAGCUUGAUCAUAGAAUGGGAGGCAUAUGCUAACUGAGGUAAAAAAAUGUAACGAAAGAUUUGCCUAUUAAACAAUUAUAGGUUAUUGCCUAAUUUCAAACCGAGAGUGGCUGGGUCGAGAACGUUUAUUAUGGAAUAAACAAGUUAAGACCCACAUAGUCAUUCUUAAGUUAGGUGUUUAUCGGGUGCAUAUUAAACGAGAUACAGCCAUUCGAAAACUCUAGCAUUAAAUAACAAAUAUUAGGGACCCUAAGCAACCGACGACGGCGACGGUUAGGAAAACGUCACUUAAGGUGGCCCGAACCUAUUUAUAUGCGCGUUGGUUAUGUUUUUGAAACGCGUUUUUCAGCAGGAAAGAUUUAACCGAUUUCUAUGAUUCUUGGCAUCCUUAAUAAAGAAUGGUUGAACGUUAGGAAACUGUUAUUUAUUUUCUCGUAGACAUGAAAACGUUUGAGAUAUCGGGAUAUGUUUAAAACCGUAUUUUUACAAAAAAAUGUCAAUACUUUCGAAAUCCUAGGACAGAUUUUUCUCUAACUUUAGCAACAAGUCUCAGAGCUCUCUAGCUUUAUAUCUGCAAGUCUGAAGUAAAUCGUGACCGUAGAACUCGCUGCACAAGUAGUUGGUCAAAUUUAACCUUAAAAUGCAACGCUAACACAUUUGUGAACGUUGACGCACAAGUAGAGAAAAACUGCCGACGGACUAUCUCCUAUCUGCAAUGUUAUUCUUGCCCAAAGCUUCAGUUAAAAGAAACUGGCUAAUCAGAAACCUACGGCAAAUACAGUUCGCAAUACAAGAAGGACAACUUUAAGCUGAAUGCAGGGCAAGAUUAAAAAACUUCCAUUCAUCAAACUUACUUUGUAUCUGUCCCUCUCUUUUCGAAACCUAUCUUAAGAAGGCAAAAUAUAGCAUCUACGAAAAACUCUCGAGAGUUUUUAGCGUCCCAGGUUUCCGUUUUGAGGAGAAAUAAAGCCACCAACUCCAGUACUUCUAACCGUCCAUUUUUCAGCUGCACUGCUGAAAAGCCCUUGUACUUGGUAAUUUAUUCAAGCUUUUUAGACUUCUUGUGUUGCAUUCGCGCGGAGUUUGCCGCUUGGGGAUAAAGAUCGUCUUAUUCUUUUCAUUAUCCCCAGUGGCAAACUGGCCAUGCGAAUGUGAUGGCAAAUCUUUCACGCUUGAAUAAAUUACCUAAUCCAAGAGUUUUAGUUGCAGCUGAAAUUGGAUCGGUUGAAGAACUGGGAUUGGUGGCUUUAUUUCUCCUUAAGACGGGAACCUUCGGUGCUAAAAACUGGUAGGAGAUUUCCGUAGAUGUUAUAUCUUGCUUUGUUGAGAUUUUUUUCGAAAAGAGAAGGGCAGAUACACAGUAACUUUGAUAAGUAGAUGUUCGUUCAUCUUGCCCGCAUUUGGCAUAAGGUUGUUCUUCUUGCAUUGCGAACUGUAUUCGCCGUAGGUUUCUGAUUAGCCAGUUUCUUGCAACUAAAGCUUUGGGCAAGAAUACCCUUGCAGAUAGGAGAUAGCCUGUCGGCAGUUUUCCUCUAUUUGCGUGUCAACUUUCACAAAUGUGUUAGCGUUGCAUUUUAAGGUUAAAUUUGACAAGCUAUUUGUGCAGCGAGUUCUACGUUCACGACUGACUUCAAACUUACAGUCAUAAGACUAGAGAGCUCUGAGGCUUAUUUGCUGAAGUUAGAGAAAAAUCUGUCUUAGGGUUUCGAAGUUAUCGACAUUUUUUUGUAAAAAUGCGGUUUUAAACUUAUGCUGAUAUCUCAAACGUUUUUAUACCUGCACGAAAAUAAAUAACAGUUUCUUAAAGUUCGAGAAUUCCUUAUUAAGGAUGCCAAAACUCUUAGAAAUCAGUUAAGUCUUUCCUGCCGAAAAACGCGAUCUUAAAACAUAACCAACGCGCAUAUAAUAGGUUCGGGCGACCUUAAAAAAAGAACUCGUACUGCUUAAAUAUUUUUCGCGCCUUUUCCAUCUCGUUCAAGAAAGCGUGAUGCAAGUGCAAAAGUUGCUGUUUUGCCAAUCUAAACCAAGAGUGGAUAAAGAGCUUUAGUAUAUACUAAAAUAGAGGAUAGUGUUUUUCGCGCGCUCUGAUUGGCUGCUCAAUCAGUGAAUAUCCUGCACUAUUCACUGAUUCACCUCCAGUUCCUCCGAGCGCGCGACGCCAAACUCGCGUAAAGUUGCGAGCAAAAUGCCUUCCCGGUUUGCUGCCGUAAUAAACAAAGAAAUUUCACAACUAAUAAAGCAAGCUGUUCCCGAAAUACACAAAGAAGGAGACGAAGGUCGUUUUGGAAGUUUUAACAGGUAAAGCUUUGUCUUUUUGACUUGAAUUUAUCGAUAAAACCGGUGAAAAAGUUUUUUGUUUACAAAUGCAAAUUAAGCUUAUUAGUCUUGCGUUACUUUAUUAAGUUGACUUGUUUAUAAAUAAGCUUAAAACUAAAUAUAAUAACCUUUUUUACAGAGUGCUUUUAAGGGACUGGUCAAAAAGUAUAGAGGGGGGUGGGCCGGAGCAGAGAGGGGGUGGGUCAUGAGGUUUUGAGCCUUGUGCAAGGGGUGGGUCGUACAAUUUUCAGCUACCCUUAGGGGGUGGGUCACCCUAUUUUUUUACUGACUAUUAACGAGACAGUUGACUACACUUGUUAUAUAAAACACAGCCAACUGGAAUUAUGGCUAAAAAUACUCACAAACCUGUUGUGCGAGAAAAUACAAAGGUUGACAGGCCGCACAUCUAUACGGGCGUGGAACCCUCUGUGAACCGUUUUUCUUCUUUUUUGUAAGGAAAUGAUUGGUGGUUCUUAAAAAAUUUAUUGAAGUUAUAGUUGGUUUUGUAUAAGAUUCCAUUUUUUCAUUCAAGCUUCCUUUAUAGUAGACACUGAGGGCUGGUGUUGUGUCACGAAAGGCAAUAUUUCUUUUUCCUCCUUGUUGUUUUAGGAGUUUAGACUCCCUUUUGUGAAUUUUCUUUCUGAUAGUAGGUUUUCUAUGAAAGAUAGGGGGCACCCAACGAGAAUAUACUUCAAAACCAAUUUAAACAGUAGAUAUAGGCAUAUUUUUAUCCCCUAAAAAUUUUCCAUCUGUUCGGAUCUCCUAGCUGAAAGUCUAGUGAUACGAAAAUUAUAGGGAUCAAAAAAUAGAUCAAAUUAUACCGUGACACAAGGUGAAAUGUGUGUGCAAGAAGCUUUCCAUUUGUUUAAAAUGUGUCUUUGCAUCAAGGAUAGAUUUUUCCUUGAAUCUUGUGCCUUUGUAUACAACCGUGUCUAAAAACGCAGUCUCAGUGUCAAAUGUUUCGGCCGUGAAUUCGUUAGUUGGGUGAUGUAAGCUUGCUUGUUUAAUGAAGGCGUCGAUGUCUGGUUUACUCAUGUCCCAUAGGGAAACGAUAUCGUGUAUGUGGCAUUUCCAAACUGUUGUUCUAAAGACAGUUUUGCUUAGAGUUGUUGUUUCAAUAUAUGUCAUGAAAACAUUGGCAAAGGAAUCAAAACUGCUGUCUUUGUGCCCAUUGCAGGUCCAUGGUUUUGUAGGUAGUGCUUUCCACUGAAGUGGAAGAAAUUUUCUUUGAGGAUUAAUCUAAGCAUUUCCGGCAAGUAAUAUGUAGGAAUGGGUUGUCUUUGUUGAAAUUUUCAUAUGCUUUGUGACAGAAAAUUUCAAUAUACCCUCGUUUUGCUGUAUAUUUGUGUCAAGACUCCUAUUUAAACGUCCAUUGAAACAAGAAAUGUUCGGUUUUUCACAUUCGUCUUUUCAGUGAAAGGUAUGAUUUCUGUGAUUUUGAUAUUGGUUGUAGCAGUGUAUCAACAAAUUUUGUCAAGCACAGAACAAGGUUUUAUUGGAUUAUUAAGAGGAAACCGAACAUCCGUGUUUUAACUAGGGAGUGGGUCAUGCAAUUUCCAGCCUUGCUUUAGGGGUGGGUCAGUCAUUUUUGUGCCGAACGGAGGGGGUGGGUCAUGUGUUUUUUAUCAACCACAUUUCCAAAUGCCCCGGACCACCCCCCCUAUACUUUUUGACCAGUCCCUAAAUAGAAAAAGGAUUCACAACUCCUUUUGAAGAAAUUUCCCCGCAAGAGCUAAGCAAAUGCCUUCAAAAGUUUUAUUUGUCGGCAAGAAAAAGCGACGACCGCAGCCAUUCGGUCAUUGCGCGCCAAAAUUGUAAUCGUUGGCAACAGUAAAUGAGGGGCCUGGGCAGCAAUGGCGUAAGACGUGUCCUUGAUCCGUCCGCCACAUAUUCUUUUUUUCCCGGGUGGUAAAUGGAAGUACUGUUGAAAAAGAUCUUGGAACGGAAAAGAAGCGAGCGUUCCUCUUCAGAGGAGUCGAGCACUUCACCAGAAGCAAAAAAAGCGAGGAGUGAUGAAGUAAACUCUCCUGAAGAAGUCGAGGAGCACGAGGUUGAAGACGAAAUCUUUACGGUUUUGAACAUGGCCGAAGGCUUUCAUAAAGCUUUGGAGGAGAUAAAUCGAAAGCUGGAAAAGCUAGACGCUAUCCAAACAACAGUAAAUGAUGUCCAAACGUCCCUUCAAAAAUUGGAAGGAAGAAUACAGAAGCUGGAAUAUUCGCAAACAACCGCCAGCCACGACAUUGAGAACUUGAAAGAAAGUUUAAAUAAAGCUGAGAAGCAACAGCAGAAUUCGACAGCGAGCCUAAGAUUUUACCAGGAGAAAACAGAUCUCGCUUUAACCGAUUUGCAGAAGAAAAAUGAUGUUUUAGAAGCUAAGCUUAAAGAGGUACAAGACAAGAAUCUCUAUUUGGAAGCCUACUCGAGGCGGGAAAAUAUAAUUUUUGAAAAUAUUGUGCAAGAAACAGACAAAGAAGACGCUGAAUUAGUUGUUCGCACCUUCCUCGAGACGGAAUUAGGAUACAAAGAUGCAAGCACCGUUGAAAUACAGAGGGUUCAUCGCUUAGGAAAGAAGAAGGAAGAAAAGCCCAGGCAAAUUAUCGCAAGGUUCCUCCGCUAUAAGAACUGUGAAGAAAUUCUAGCUUUGGGCUCCCGUUUGCGAGGAAGCAGAUUUAAAAUGUAUCAAGAUUCUACCCUACGAAAUAGUAGCAAGAAGAAGAAAGCAAAUGGACACUUUUAAAGAAGCUAGGGAAAAUAACAUCCCUGCAUCUUUUAGUCGGGCACAACCGGAUAAGCUCUUGAUAAAAGGUAAAAUUUGGCCAGUUGGUAAACCUCUCGAGAUACCAGGAUAGGUGAGAAUGCUUCUUCAUCAUGUCAUUACUCAUUAGGUAACCAAGAUCACGGUAGUAUCGUUUGACCACAUUUGCCACCCGUUAUUAUCAACUGCUAGAUAAUUAUUUAGGCGAUCGGAAUAGAGGUUCGUAACAGAUGACGCUUCGGUUUUUCUUAUCUGCAUGUCUGUAAGAUUCUAGGUAAAAGUCCUAGCUUCCCCCCCAUGUCCCUUUACGAAGAGGUUUCUUAUUUAGUUGGGUUUAUCUGUGCAUGUUCUGUUUGGUUUCUAUGUUUUAAUAGCUUAAUCAUUUGUUUUAGAAGUAAACGCCUAGUACAAAUUCCUAUCAUACCGUGCAGCGAUUGUGGAGCUUUGACACCAGGUGAUGUAAGGCUUCCUCCGCAAAGCUGCCCAAGAGAAUAUCUAUGGCUUUGACAAUAGCAUCA